GCGUGAAUUAUCCAUCGAAGAAGUCACAUGAAGCAAGGUCCGGGCGGCGGCGCCGGGAAGGGCAAGGCGGAAGGUGCGCCCAUCUUUCUUCAGAAGACGUACACGAUGUUCGAGAAUGCUCCGGUGGAGAUUGCAGCCUGGGCCAACAACGGUACCACGGUCGUGAUCAAAGACCCUGACGAGUUUGCCAAGGCGAUGCUGCCCAAGUACUUCAAGCACAGCAACUUUGCGUCGUUCGUGCGGCAGCUCAACUUCUACGGGUUCCGCAAGUACAAGAAGGACGACAUCUUGAUCACUGAGGACGAAGCGACCAAGAACUGGUGGGAGUUUUACCACGACAAGUUUCUUCGCCACGCGCCAGAACUCAUGACCCACAUCCGCCGCAAAACGUACUCGGAAGGGCCGGACGGCCAAGGCGGCAACGCCCACGGCAGCCACGAAAAGGAAGAAGUCGAAGUGCUCAAGGCCCAAGUCACGACGCUCCAGUCCCAGCUCGAGCAGGUCACCGCGCAAAUCACCAGUCUCACAGACGUUGUUACGACAUUACUCCAAUCCAAAUCAGGGCGACGGCACGACAGUAGUAGCAGCACCGGAAAUAGUGACCUGCCGCCGUCGAAGCGAUUUAAAACCGAAAGGUAGUAGGGUCCAACACGUAGUCAUUGAAGAAUGGGAGGCUACGGUUGGUUGUUAGUAGAUUAAGGGUAAAAGUACACUAUCGUAUCGGUAAGGAGGACAGUAUUGUCGAUUUGAUACAAAAUUGGGGAGGGUGCAAUACGAAUCGCGC